UAACAGACAGAAAUGGAUGACGACAGCAUUAGGAAGAGGAAGGAGUCGCAGAAUGGCUCCACUGACCACAGCAUGGACACUCUUACCAAAGACAAGAAGCCCGUUAAGGCCACUGUGCUUCAGAAAGAUGUUGGUCUGCUGAGUGGCAUCUGUCUGAUUGUUGGGACGAUGAUCGGCUCUGGGAUCUUCAUUUCUCCGAAGUCUGUUCUGCUGUACUCUGGAGCUGUGGGGCCCUGCCUCCUCAUCUGGGCUGCCUGUGGCGUGUUAGCCACUGUGGGAGCGCUGUGCUACGCGGAGCUCGGCACCAUGAUCACCAAAUCAGGGGGAGAUUAUUCAUAUUUAAUGGAAGGGUUUGGCCCACUUUUAGCCUACCUCUACUCCUGGACCACCGUCAUGGUGUUGAAGCCCUCUGCCUUCGCCAUCAUCACGCUGAGCUUCGCAGAAUACGCCUCCACCCCAUUCUACCCCGGCUGCACUCCUCCCGUUGUUGUUAUCAAGUGUCUGUCAGCAGCAGCCAUAGUUCUGAUCGUCUCAGUCAACUGUCUGAGUGUCAAACUGGCGAACUACGUGCAGAACUUCUUCACUGCAGCAAAACUCUUCAUCAUCCUUGUCAUAGUUGUAGCUGGCAUGGUUAUGUUGGCUCAAGGAAACACUGAGACUUUGUCAAAUACGUUUGAUGGUGCGUCAUCGUCCGUUGGAGCAUUUGGACUUGCAUUUUAUAAUGGCCUUUGGGCUUAUGAUGGAUGGAAUCAACUGAAUUUUAUCACAGAGGAGCUGAAAGACCCAUACAGGAACCUGCCACUGGCCAUUCUCAUCGGGAUCCCCUUGGUUUCUGUUUGCUAUGUGUUGGUCAACGUUUCUUACUUCACUGUUAUGACGGCCACUGAACUGCUGCAGUCUCCAGCUGUUGCUGUGACUUUUGGAGACAGAGUUCUUCACCCAAUGUCGUGGAUCAUUCCGCUCUUUGUUGUCUUUUCCACGUUUGGUUCUGCUAAUGGAAGUUGCUUCACUGCUGGCAGACUGGCCUAUGUGUCUGGUAGAGAGGGUCACAUGGUGAAACUUCUAUCCUAUAUUAGUCUAAGGCGCUACACCCCAUCACCUGCUCUCAUAUUCAACGGGUUACUGGCUAUUUUCUACAUUAUCCCAGCAGACAUUAACACCCUCAUCAACUACUUCAGCUUUGCUCAGUGGAUGUUUUAUGGUCUGACGUCACUGGCUCUCAUAGUGAUGCGAUUCACAAGGAAGGAUCUCCAUAGACCAGUGAAGGUGCCGAUUGUCCUGCCAGUAAUAAUGGUGCUGGUGUCCUGCUACUUAGUCCUGGCCCCCAUCGUUGAUAAGCCAGAAGUGGAAUACCUCUACUGUGCUGCCUUCAUCUUUAGCGGAUUUCUCCUCUACUACCCUUUCGUCCACGUGAAGGUCGAAUGGGCUCGCACACUCAUGAGGCCUAUUACUAUGCAUCUGCAGCUGCUGAUGGAGGUUGUUCCUCCUGAGAAAAACUGAAUGAGAACGGACACGAGUGAGAACCAAUUCAAUUUCUGCUGCCUGUAGUGAAAUGUUGGGUCUGGUUUUGGAAACAGUGGGCCGGAGAUUUGGCUCCUGGAGCUGGAGCUGGGCCACAGUCAAAAAUCUGAGCUGACUCCCGUUAAAUAUCUGUGUGACAAAAGUAAAAGUGCACGUACUGUUUCCAUAAACUCGUUUACUGGGUUACUUCUGUAAAUAGAUGGAACAACCCAGCCAGACAGACCAUUACCUGGUGAUGUCUCUCUCCACAUGAAGAAGAAGCCUCCAUUUAAUCUCGUCGACUGCGACUGAAUGUUUGGUCGGAUUUUACUUUCCCUGCACUUAAAGCUAAGCUGUCACGUUAAACUAUUUCCUUAUGUAGUCAAUGACAAAAGUGCCAAAGAUUUAGAUAUGCGGACAAAUCUGCACUCGAGCAAAGGGAAAAAGUAAAAUCAUUUUAAAUGCAAUAAAUGACACAAAGGUUCGGCAGAUCAUGCAACAAUAUGUGGAAACAUGAUGUUUGUAUAUUAUUUAAUGAUUCUCUCUCUCCUUUCACACUGCAAUAUAUUGUAAAAGUAAUGCAUUGUGUAACCUGGUGUUUAUUAAAGGUAUAAAUC